AAUAUUCGCCCUAACUAUCCGAAACUUGACCCCUCGUCGGCGCCUCUCCAAGCUCCGUCGAGCUCAGAGCUCUAUUGUCGCCUCCGGCACACUUCUAAGCUCAGUUGUCGCUGCCAUCGGAGCUAUCAUCCUUAUUUAGCUGGAGUAUAUGCUUUUUCCGGCAGUCUCGAAGUUUGCCUCAACUUAUAUUUCCUACUCAAAGCUCUUGUCACAGCUAUCCCAAACCAAAUCCAUAAACCAAGGCCUACAAAUCCAUGCCCAUCUAAUCAAACUUCGAUUGUCCCAUGACCCGAAGCAUAGGAACCAUUUGAUAAAUUUCUAUUCCAAGUGUAAAGUUUUUUCUGAUGCCCGCAAGCUGCUUGAAGAAAGUCAUGAACCGGAUUUGGUUUCUUGGUCCUCUUUGAUAUCUGGGUAUGCUCAGAAUGGACUUGGGGAGGAGGCUCUUUUGUCUUUUCGGGAGAUGCAUGUAUUGGGUGUUAAGUGUAAUGAGUUUACCUUCCCUAGUGUGCUCAAGGCCUGCUCGAGUACAAAGAAUUUUAUGCUAGGGGCACAAGUUCAUGGGAUUAUAGUGGUAACUGGAUUUGAGUCUGAUGUUUUUGUUGCAAAUACAUUGGUGGUUAUGUAUGCAAAAUGUGGUUAUUUUGUAGACUCGAGGAGGUUGUUUGAGGAUAUCCCAGAAAGGAAUGUGGUUUCUUGGAAUGCUUUAUUAUCAUGUUAUACGCAAAGUGAUUAUUUCGGGGAAGCAUUGGGGUUAUUUCAGGAAAUGAUUUCUAGUGGAAUUAGUCCUGAUGAGUUUAGUUUGUCGACUAUUUUGAAUGCUGCGACAGGCCUAGGAGAUAUUGGUCAGGGAAAGAAGGUCCAUGGCUAUCUGAUAAAGCUUGGAUAUGAGGGUGACCCAUUCUCAUUGAAUGCACUAGUUGACAUGUAUGCAAAAGUGGGAGAUCUUGGAGAUUCUCUAACUGUUUUUGAUAAUAUUCCAGAACCUGAUAUUGUUUCUUGGAAUGCUGUCAUUGCUGGUUGCGUAUCUCAUGAUUAUCAUCAGAUGGCCUUGAAAUUGUUAGAUCAUAUGAAGAGAUCUGGGAUUUGUCCUAAUAUGUUCACCUUAUCAAGUGCUCUUAAAGCUUGUGCUGCAUUAUGUGUCCAAGAAUUGGGUAAGCAGUUGCAUGCCAAAUUGAUAAAGAUGGAGAUAAUGAAGGACCCCUUUGUCAGUGUUGGCCUCAUUGACAUGUAUUGCAAAUGUCGUUUGUUGAAAGAUGCCGUAACAGUUUAUCGUUUGAUGCCAGAAAAGGACUUGGUUGCUUUGAAUGCCAUGAUUUCUGGCCACACACAGAAUGGUGAGGAUAGAGAAGCCAUAACCCUAUUUGUGGAGAUGUACAAGAAAAGAAUGGAAUUUGACCAGACAACUUUACUAGCAGUCCUUAAUGCAAUUGCUGAUUUGGCCGCUAUUACUAUCUGCAAACAGAUUCAUGCACUUAUCGUGAAGUCAGGUUACCAAGCUGAUAAUUUCAUUUUAAACAGUCUUGUUGAUUCAUAUGGAAAAUGUAGGCAGGUUCACGAAGCAGCUCAAGUAUUUGAAGAAUGCCCAAUUGAUGACUUACCAACUUAUACAUCAAUAAUGACAGCUUAUGCUCAAUACGGACAAGGUGAAGAAGCAUUGAAGCUCUAUCUGAAGCUACUAGACAUGGAUCUUAAUCCAGAUUCUUUUGUUUGCAGUUCUCUUCUUAAUGCUUGUGCAAAUUUAUCAGCUUAUGAACAGGGGAAGCAAAUCCAUGUUCAUGUCUUGAAACUAGGGUUCAUGUCAGAUGUUUUUGCUGGGAAUUCACUUGUCAACAUGUAUGCCAAAUGUGGAAGCAUAGAGGACACUAGUCGUGCUUUCUCUGAGGUUUAUGACAAAACUGUUGUCUCAUGGUCUGCUAUGAUUGGUGGACUUGCACAGCAUGGUCAUGGUAAACAGGCCCUCCAUUUGUUCGAUCAGAUGUUGAAAGAUGGUAUUUCUCCCAAUCAUGUAACAUUAGUCAGUGUCCUUAGUGCAUGCAAUCAUGCUGGUCUUGUUAAUGAAGCUGAAUGGUAUUUUGAGACAAUGAAAGAGCAGUUUGACAUUGAACCGACGCAGGAGCACUAUGCUUGCAUGAUUGAUGUCCUUGGUCGAGCUGGGAAAUUGGAUAAGGCAAUGCAUCUAGUAAAUAAUAUGCCAUUUCAAGCUAAUUCCACAGUUUGGGGGGCACUUCUUGGAGCCGCCAAAAUUCACAAGGAUGUAGAACUAGGCCAACUUGCUGCUGAGAUGCUAUAUACUCUUGAACCAGAAAAAUCUGGUACCCAUGUUCUUCUGGCAAAUAUAAAAAGAAAAGGAACCAGGGAUGAGCUGGAUGGAGGUAAAAGAUAG